AUGACUGAGGGGAUUCAUGAUGAAGAGAAGUGCAACAUAAUCUUUACUCCAUCAGACUACAGACAAUUCCACACCUCUAGAAAUGUGAAGCAAAGUAAAGAAUUACAAGGGUUCAGUGACGAGGGAGAAGCAUAACAUAAUCCUUAUUUUGUCAGACCAUCCCACACUUCCACACCUCUAGAGAUCUGAAGCAAAGCUAAGUGAAGAAUUACAAGGGUUCAGUGAUGAGGGAGAAGCAUGGUGACAUAAUCCUUACUCUGUUAGACCGUUCCAUACUUUUACACCUUUAGAGGUGUAGAACAAAGGGUAACCAAAAUAAAAAAGGAAUGUCGUGGCUAGAGUUGGACAUUUGUGACUACCUCGAUGGUGAAAGAGUGUGGAGGGAAGGGGCGGGGUAGGGUGUGAGGGUUAGAGGUAUGGGAUAAAGCUGUGCGGCAUUGUUAAUAGAUAAAGGGGUAACGUACCGUACAGAGGUGAUCACAUAAAUCAAAAGAUAAACUUUGUUGCGUUUAUAGGUCAGAAGAUUAAAAGUAAAUCACCAAGUUUUUCAAGUUCCAUCAGCGGUGUAUCAUCAUUAUCGCAAACCAAAAUUCACUCGGAAAGUUCAGUGGCUUCCAUCACUACUCCUCGUUCAGGCCAACGAACGAUUACAUCCCCGUCAUUAAGUACUGAAAUUGUUUCAUUACGUCCGGUAACUUCCUCAAAGGCCAAGAUAACGCAAAACUCGAGAUUAUCUGCAAGUAAAUCAUGGUCAUCUAGUACCCAUUGGCCUGUUACAUUUUCUAUGAGUGUUGUUUCCAGAACUGCCUUUUCUUCAAAGCUGCAACAGCCAACAAGCACACAAACAGUUUCUGUUAAGUCCUUUGAAACUCAACUUCAUCCGAUUCCAAGUCAAUCUCAUGGUGUUCCACACACAAAACCAAUUUCGCCGCCAACUCGAAAUCUAGAAAAAAGUUUUAAAAGGUUCGGUGAGACAAUAACGAGCAAUCUCGGAGAAAAAGAAAGCAAGGAAUUUCAGGAUUUUGCAGCGGAAAUAAAAGACAAUAUUAACAACGCGCUCAUGCCUCACGUAGUGAAGACAUUUCUUGAAGCUAACAGUGUCAUUUGCCAAAUAAAAGCAUUCGUUCAAGGGGACUCAAAUAACACAGGAAAAAAGAAAAAUCGUUUGAAAAUAAAACCUAGUACGAAUCCAAGCCAAUCCAGUGGUGUUUCAUCCACAAUCACUAUUUCAUAUACGACUCAAACACCAGCAGUCACCCUUAAAGGGUCCGAUGUAAUAAUAAUGAUAAUAAAAAGAGAUUACAAUAGCAGUCUUGGAGACAAAGAGGGCAAGAAAUUUCAGGACUUUGCAACGGAAGUUCAAGAGAAGGUUAACAACGCACUCAAAAACUUAAGAGGAUUUCACUCGUUGUUGGUUAAGAAAAUUAUUCAGGCUAACAGUGUCAUUUAUCAACUAAAAAUAUUCGUCCACAGAGAUUCGAAUAUUAAAGGAAAAAUGAAGACGAUGUUUUCCAUAAACCUCACUGGGGUGCUUACUGAGACUUUCGGAACCACGCAAACGUCGUCCCACACAACUGCAUUAACACCUUCAUCACCACCAUCCAUUACUAAGGUUGAUUCGGUGAACUCUUUGACAAUUUCAACCCAAACUAAUCCGACCAAAAGUCAGUCCGUUGGAGUAUCUUUAUCGUCGAUUUCGGAAGUCGGAUCGCAAACUUCUGGUACUCUACCUACCUCUCAAUCGUCGCCAAUAAGCCCCUUCUUACUUUUUGUGGCUUCACAUACCACGCAAACAUUAUCACAAGCAAGCACAUUUACAAGUGUAUCACUAUCGUCUUUUACUGAUGUUGAUCCAGUAAGCUCUUUUGCAUUUUCAACCCCAACUACGGCAAGCCAAAGCCAGUCCUAUGCAGUAUCUUUAUCGUCGAUCCUGGAAUUAAGAUCUCCAACUUCUGGUGCUCUAACUACGUCUCAAUCGUCCCCAGUAAGUCCCUCGUUAAGCUCUGCGGCUUCACAUACUACGGAAACAUCAUCGCAUGCAAGCACAUUUACAAGCGUAUCACUAUCGUCUUAUAUUGAUUCUGAGUCAGUAAACCCUUUGGCAUUUUUAACCCAAACUACGGCGACCAAAAGUCAGUCCAUUAUGGUAUCAUUAUCGUCGAUUUCGGCAGUAGGAUUGCCAACUUCAGGUACUCUAACUACGCCUCAAUCGUCCCCAGUGAGUCCCUCGUUAAGUUCUGCGGCUUCACAUACCACGCAAACUUUAUCGCAAGCAAGCACAUUUACAAGUGUAUCACUAUCGUCUUUUAUUGAUGCUAAUUCAGUAAGCGCUUUUGCAUUUUCAACACCAACUACGGCGACCCAAAGUCAGUCCUAUGCAGUAUCUUUAUCGUCGAUCCUGGAAUUAGGAUCUCCAACUUCUGGUGCUCUACCUACGUCUCAAUUGUCGUCAGUAAGCCCCAUUUUACGUUCUGUGGCUGCGGACACCAUGCAAACAUCAUGGCAAGCAACGACGACCGGACCAUUUGAAACACCUACCACGAAAUCCAUGGAAAAGGGUGCUGUGUUCCGCGUAACAGUGACAAUAGCAAACGAGGUAUACACUGAAGAACUUGCUGACAAUACC